UUCCCAGAAGGGUGUGCGGCUGAAAGCCUCGGGUGGCCUUCUGAGGGGCUCCGCUAGCUUCAGCGCCGUGGGGUCUGACCUGGCUGGGUGUAGUGUCCCGGCCCGGCAGGAGGGGCGGCCCGGUCCGGGUCGCACCUCCUGGAGCCGCCCCCGGGACGUCAGUCCUGGAGGAGGCGAGGGUUGCUCCAGUUGCUAAGAAGACUAUGAAUAAGUCAGAGAACCUGCUGUUUGCUGGUUCCUCAUUAGCAUCACAAGUCCAUGCUGCUGCCGUUAACGGAGAUAAGGGUGCUCUACAGAGGCUCAUCGCAGGAAACUCUGCUCUUAAAGACAAAGAAGAUCAAUUUGGGAGAACACCACUUAUGUAUUGUGUGUUGGCUGACAGAUUGGAUUGUGCAGAUGCUCUCCUGAAGGCAGGAGCAGAUGUGAAUAAAACUGACCAUAGCCAGAGAACAGCCCUCCAUCUUGCAGCCCAGAAGGAGGCUACAAGGAUGAAAUGAACCCUUUCUGAAGGUGGCCACAGUUAGUAAGCAAACUGCUUCAUACAGGAGUGUUGGACCAGGAGGAGGGAAAUUAUCGUUUCGUGAAACUCUUACUUACACGCAGAGCAAACUGGAUGCAAAAGGAUCUGGAAGACAUGACUCCUUUGCACUUGACCACCCGGCACAGGAGCCCUAAGUGUUUGGCCCUUCUGCUGAAGUUUAUGGCACCAGGAGAAGUGGAUACACAGGAUAAAAACAAGCAAACAGCUCUGCAUUGGAGUGCCUACUACAAUAACCCUGAGCAUGUGAAACUGCUCAUCAAGCAUGAUUCUAACAUUGGGAUUCCUGAUGUUGAAGGCAAGAUCCCACUUCACUGGGCAGCCAACCAUAAAGAUCCAAGUGCUGUUCACACAGUGAGAUGCAUUCUGGAUGCUGCUCCAACGGAGUCUUUACUGAACUGGCAAGACUACGAGGGUCGAACUCCUCUUCACUUUGCAGUUGCUGAUGGGAAUGUGACCGUGGUUGAUGUCUUGACCUCAUAUGAAAGCUGCAAUAUAACGUCUUAUGAUAACUUAUUUCGAACCCCACUGCACUGGGCAGCUUUAUUAGGCCAUGCACAGAUUGUCCAUCUCCUUUUAGAAAGAAAUAAGUCUGGAACUAUCCCAUCUGACAGCCAAGGAGCCACACCUUUGCACUAUGCUGCUCAGAGUAACUUUGCUGAAACAGUUAAAGUGUUUUUAAAACAUCCUUCAGUGAAAGAUGAUUCAGACCUAGAAGGAAGAACAUCAUUUAUGUGGGCAGCUGGCAAAGGCAGUGAUGAUGUCCUUAGGACUAUGCUGAGCUUAAAAUCGGACAUUGAUAUUAACAUGGCUGACAAAUAUGGAGGUACAGCUUUGCAUGCUGCUGCCCUUUCUGGCCAUGUCAGCACCGUGAAGUUAUUACUGGAAAAUAACGCUCAAGUAGAUGCUACUGACGUUAUGAAACAUACUCCACUUUUCCGAGCCUGUGAGAUGGGACACAAAGAUGUGAUUCAGACACUCAUUAAAGGUGGAGCAAGAGUAGAUCUAGUUGACCAAGAUGGACAUUCUCUUCUACAUUGGGCAGCACUGGGAGGAAAUGCUGAUGUUUGCCAAAUAUUAAUAGAAAAUAAGAUCAAUCCAAAUGUUCAGGAUUAUGCAGGAAGAACCCCUUUGCAGUGUGCUGCAUAUGGAGGCUAUAUCAACUGCAUGGCAGUUCUCAUGGAAAAUAAUGCAGACCCUAACAUUCAAGACAAAGAGGGAAGAACAGCUUUGCAUUGGUCCUGCAACAAUGGAUACCUUGAUGCCAUUAAAUUACUGCUAGACUUUGCUGCGUUCCCUAAUCAGAUGGAAAACAAUGAAGAGAGAUACACACCCCUUGAUUAUGCUUUGCUUGGUGAGCGCCAUGAAGUGAUCCAGUUCAUGUUGGAGCACGGUGCCCUGUCCAUCGCAGCCAUUCAAGACAUCGCCGCCUUCAAAAUCCAAGCUGUCUACAAAGGGUACAAGGUCAGAAAAGCCUUCCGAGACAGGAAAAAUCUCCUCAUGAAGCAUGAACAGUUGAGAAAAGAUGCUGCUGCCAAAAAGCGAGAGGAAGAAAACAAACGAAAGGAGGCAGAACAGCAAAAAGGAAGGCGAAGCCCAGAUUCCUGCAGACCCCAGUCCCUUCCCUGUCUGCCCAGCACCCAGGAUGCACCCAGCAGGCAGAGCCGGGCCCCCAGCAAGCAGCCUCCUGCUGGCAACGUGGCCCAAGGCCCUGAGCCAAGAGAUAGCAGAGGAUCUCCAGGAGGGUCUCUAGGCAGAGCCCUCCAGAAGGAGCAGUCUGCUUCCUCAGAUUUGCAGGGAACAAACUCCAGAAGGCCAAAUGAAACAGCCAGAGAAUAUUCUAAAGGCCAAUCUGCCUGUGUCCACUUCAGACCCAAUGAAGGCAGUGAUGGAAACAGGCAUCCAGGAGUUCCCUCUGUUGAGAAGUCCAGAGGUGAGACAGCUGGUGAUCAGCGGUGUGCAAAGGGGAAAGGCUUCGUGAAGCAGCCCUCCUGUAUCAGGGUGGCUGGGCCUGAUGAGAAACGAGAGGACUCCAGGCGGGCAGCUGCAAGCCUUCCACCACACGAUAGCCACUGGAAGCCCAGCAGGCGGCAUGACACAGAACCCAAGGCCAAAUGUGCCCCCCAGAAAAGGCGCGCUCAAGAGCUCAAAGGAGGAAGGUGCUCCCCGGCUGGUUCUAGCCGGCCAGGCAGUGCCCGGGGGGAGGCAGUCCAUGCUGGGCAGAAUCCUCCCCACCAUCGUACACCAAGAAACAAAGUGACACAAACCAAGCUCGCAGGAGGGCUCUAUUCAGAUUUUCCACAGAGCACAGAGGAGUUGAGGUCAGAAGCCAGGAAGCUGGGGACAUCCACCCUGUCCAAGGACUUUCAGGUAUCUAAGGAGACUGAUCCAGUACCUGGUCUCUCUGGGCAGAGUGUGAAUAUUGACCUUCUCCCUGUAGAGCUCCGACUGCAGAUAAUUCAGAGAGAACGAAGGAGGAAAGAGCUGUUUCGCAAAAAGAACAAGGCAGCGGCAGUCAUCCAGCGUGCCUGGCGAAGCUACCAGCUCAGGAAGCACCUGUCCCACCUUCGACAUACGAAGCAGCUUGGAGCUGGAGAUGUGGAUAGAUGGAGGCAAGAGUGUACAGCAUUACUCCUCCAGAUUUGGAGGAAGGAACUGAAACUAAAACUCCCCCAAACUACUGCAGUAAGCAAGACCCUCAAGAGUCCAUCCAAGGGCACCUCAGGCACAAAGUCCACUAAGCACUCAGUGCUUAAGCAAAUCUAUGGUUGUUCUCAAGAAGGGAAAAUACAUCAUCCUACAAGAUCUGUAAAAGCCUCUUCUGUGCUGCAUCUCAACUCAGUGAGCAACCUACAGUGCAUACAUCUCCUUGGUAACAGUGGAAGAUCAAAGAACUUUUCUUAUAACCUGCAAUCAGCUACUCAGCCAAAAAACAAAACAAAACCUUGACUGCCUAUGGAGGAAGACUGGGUUCCGGGGAGCUGGCAUAGCUAGUGCAGAGUUCAAAUUUUCUGCUGAUAAUCUUUUACACCUUGGGAAAACUUUAAUAUCUGUACCUGAAGGCUUAUUCACCUAAAAAUGUGUUAACUCAAAGAAAACGUCAGAAUGUUUCCCUUCUGCUAGCCUGCACUGAAAGGACCUGCAUAGACUAUGUCUAUGCAAAGUGCCCGGGUGUCUGCUUUCACCGCAGUCUGUAUGGUUGGAAAUGAGAAUUCAUAAUUAACAGUAAAAUCUAAGGAAAACUAAGGCUGCUAGGUUGGGAUUUCUGCCAGCUAGCUGGUACUGGCUUCCUGACUCAAGAGAUGAACCUAAAUGAGAUAGGAAGCCUGUCCCAUAGCAGCCUUCCUCUCACUACUUUCCUGGCAUCUAAUGCAACAAACUUAUCACACACACCACAUUCACAUCCCACUGUGACUUCAAAAUAAAUCAGGUUUAAAUUGUAGAUCAGAAUCAUGACCCACUGUUUGCAUUUAGAAAUUGUACAAAAGACCAUAGAUACAUUCUGGUGAUUCCUUACAUUUUACAGUUCCUACGUUAGCCUCUCAAGGCCACAAGUUGCCGCCACGUCUUCUCUGAAUGGCUUUCUCAGUGCUGAAUACCAACAGCCGUAUUACAGUAUCAAGGAUUCUGUCAGGUAGGGUUUACAGACCAGACUGUUCAUGCAGCAAGGUGCCAACUCAGGCUUCAAUGUUCUACUUGUAUUUUCUGACCAACUUGCAGAAGUGAGCAAUCUUCUUAAAAUGCCAUUCCUGUUGGCAGGGAAGAAUGAAACGGCACACAUCCUAGCAUUCUAAGAACACCUGGUUUAAAUAAAAUCCAGUGAUCAUGGACUCUUUCACAUUGUUUAAGGGGAAAGCUGCUGUGGGAAUAUAGACAGUAGGCAUAAACAGUGAUAUAUUUUACUCACAAGUAUUUUGGGGGUUGCUUUCAUUUUCUUCACAUCAGUGCCACUUCUGUGCUAAAGUUAAGAGACAGGCAAUGAAGUGUUCGCUUAAGUUAACUACCUUGGUUUUUAGUUUGCUAAUUACUGUAAGUCAUCAUUUUUGUGAUCACGAAAACACAAAGAAUGAGGUCUGCCUGGAUGGGAUUACAAAGAUUUAGCCAAUUUCUUGGUACAUAACAGAAGGUACCAUAGGAUCACUCUCUAUUUUGUAAAUAUUUAUCUCCUAUGAAAUGCACAAUGCACAAUGCCUGUGACCAUGUAUCGUGUGCUAGUCCAGGAAGCCAGCCUACACAUCAAUAGGAACUCCCAAAUACUAUUUUCCUACGUCAUUGCAAAGAAGGUUCAUAAACUUCUUUAAAAGUUCAGCUUUAAUGACAAAAGAUCUAUUACAUCAGUCUUUCUUCAAAAUAAGAUAGACGUGAAUAAACAACUUCAAACAGGAGGUACCAUGGCCUCUUCAAUACACUGUAGCCAGUGCGCUGGGCCCUUGGGGAUGCCCAGUGAUAUACACGUUGAAGCAGUAAUGUAAGUCUGUGAGCCACUGUUCCUGAACACUUCCACUCUUCAAUGUCUGGAGAGAAAAACAAGAGUAAUUUGAGAAUUGUACCCAAAUCUCUAUGCUACCUGAUAGUAUUUUUCACACCCAAACACAAUUUCCCAGAGCUGUGGCAACUGUGUCCCCGUCUAUAAAUUACCAUAGGAAGUCUUCCAGGAAACAGGGAACUAUUAAUCGGGCAUUACCACAGGCAGUGGAAAUUCCUAGUUAUAUCCUCAAAUGCCAACGGUUUCUUGUUGUGUUCCCUCCUGCACAUGCUAGAGACUAAUGAAAUUUCACCACCAACCAUCCCUUCACCCUUGCCUCCCCCUCUUGCCAUUCUAGUGUCUCAUGAUCUUUACUCCAAUGCCAACUGAGAAUAACUCCACACGGCCAACCAACAAUUUCUGUCAAUCUCUUCUUUACAGAAAUGGGCUGAUUCUCCAGCCUGGGAAUAAUCCAAGCUCUUGAUUUUCUUCCCUUCACUAUUUCUGAAUUAUUCCACUGCCACUUCCAUUACCCCUACAAAGGCUACUGAGAAAAUUCUAAUGAGGACCUGUGUUAUAUGCAUGUAAAAGCACUAUUACUUCAAAGUAUUACUACAAAUCUCAAGGGACAACCUGCAAAUCAAACUAUACAAAACACCUUUUUAACCCCCCCCAAACUAAAAUCACCAAAGGAAUCCUAAACAACAGAGCUGUCCCCGCCAAACAGACACAGCUGAAGGCAGACAGCCAACCAUUAGACAAAGCUGAAGUCUGCAACUACUUCUGAUUUUCUUACUUUCCAGUGAACUAAGUGACUAGAAAUUGGCCUGAAGUUUAUUCCUGCUAAUUUCCUUAAUGACAUUUACUGAGCACUUUACAAAUGUCAGGUAUACUAAAAAAUUUACUUUGGUUAUUUCCUUUAAUGAUCACCAAAACACAAUAAAGUUGGCAUUAUUCCCAUUUUUAUAGAUAGGAAAACAAGCUUGGAUAGGUAAGAAA